GGGCAUAUAUGGGUACCAGAUCGAAUGGGUACACCUGCUAAAAUUUUAUUGAUACCGUUCAGCGUUCUUUGGAGCGGAAUGAAAGAUCGAUCAUCCAGCGUGUCUAUCUCGCCAAGGUGGAACUCUGAGCAACCCAGUCGAAGCUGAUCCCGAGCCGAAGUGAAAAAAGAACAAGUUGAGUUCUUCUCGUCGCGACGAAACGUCUCCGGGAGGAUCGAUUUAAAGUACAAACGAGAGAAGAAAAAUCUGGAAGAGGGGAAAAAGCUGAAAACCUAGACAAGCAAGACGUCUGCGAGAGGAUAGUGAUGUCCGCCCUCCGCUACCACAACAUAGCAAUGAUGGAGAACGGAUACGUGUGCCUUCUCGGCAAGUUCCACAACGUUCUUUACGUGGCGGCCAAGCUCUGCUUCGAUUGGAACCUAGACAACAACGAGAUCGUGUCCCGCUUGCUCAACGACAUCUUCUACUGCGAGAAAACGUUCGAGCGCAUCCUGGUGGGUGCAAUUUUCGGCACCCGUGUCACUCACUUCCUGUCCGGGUGGAAGAGCGACUUCGAGGACCGCGAGGAGAACCUUCGCGCCCUCAUGUACUUCUUGCGCCACGCCACCCUAGGCAAAUUGGAGUACCGUUGCGCCUGUUCCCCCGUCAAACAAAGAUUCAUCGACGUUCCCAUGGAAUCUUACGGCCAGGUGUCGCCUUUCAGAGUGGCCAUCCAACACGGCUCGCCGGACAUCCUUUUGAUCAUGCUCCGUUACGGCGCCUCGGUCGAAUGCGACAAACUCGCCCCUAGCCCCCUCGAGAUACUGCUGACCAAGCUGAGCGAGUACGACGCCCAGCCGGGCCAGGAGAGGAUCGCGUACCCGGAACAUUUGCUCCUCUGCCUGAGAUUGGUGCUGAGAACCGUGACGACCGGUUUCGUGAAGACGCCUGAAUACAUUGCCGAGCAGAGCGGCGUGCUCACCGUUUCCGUUUACGAACAGUAUCCGACUUUGGUCGAGCAGAAGCUGGUGCCGCCCGAGAGGAGCGGCCUUUGCCCCCCUGAAUUGAGACAUCUUUGCCGGUGCCGGAUCAGGGAGGCCCUGUUCGAGAACUGGGCGUUGCCGCACGGGAUACAGCAACUUCAGAUACCCGAGUCGUUGAGGAGUUAUUUGGAUCUGCUUCGAGAUUGAGAUUCAGAAAUUUUCAGGGAUUUGAAUUAUCGAAUCGAGCUCGCCUAUUCUUUUCGCCGGAGAAAGGAUAUUUUUUCACCGAGGUGAAAGUUUGGGAGGAAUAUUGGCGGUGUAGGAGAAUCAUGGAACCACGUGAAAUAUACGUAUUGUGGAAUUGGAGGCCUUAAAUGAAUAUUGUAUAUAUACUUAACGAUUCGAAUAUCGAGGAAAUUGAUUAGAUGUUUGUGAAAUUUGUGGCUCGUGUUUUUAUUAUGUUUCGGAUCGAUGAAUGUAUUUGUACGUGUAUAAAUAUUUCGUUUAAGAUAAAUAUUGUGUGAUACGUGAUAGAAAUUAUUUAUAUAUAUAUCUAUGUAUAUGCUAUUAUUAUAAUGCGUGAUUUAUUAGAUCUUCCUUUUUCAUCUCUUUCAAGUAAUAUUAAUUUUAUUAAUGUAACGUGAAAUUUUAUUAAAUCAGGAUCCUUUUUUAAGAAGGAAACUUUCUUCAAGUUCUUCAAGAACGAAAAUUUAAUCACAGCGUAAGAAUUUAAGAAAUAAAUUUACUUGGAGAAAGAAAAUAAUAGAUAUAAUCAUAGACAGUUUCCAUGAAUACGUUUAAAGUUUGAAGAUAAAAUCAAACGAAGUGUAUGUAGCCUAAAUGUAUGCUAAAACGUAAAGUUGUUUAUAACUUUGAACGCAAUUUCUUUUAGAUAACGUUUGAACUGUUGCGUAUCAGUUAUCAACUUGUUGAUCGAACUAGUUCUAUAUAAUAGAGUGAUCGUAUAAAUUUCGAUACUGGUGAAUCGAGUUUUCCACGUAAUAUUUUACACGUGAUAUUUUAUACUGGACCUAUGAUAGAACAUACAUAUAUACAUACGUUCAUGAUAGCGCAGAGCGUUCAAUCAUUCAAACGAUCGAAUUGUACCAAUAUGGACGGAAAUAGAAAUAAUGUAAAUGUAAAUUGAAAAAUGUUUUUAUCGAAUUGAAAGUUAUAUAGGAAUAAUAUUUUACAUUUCCUUUAUUUUGAAUAUUGUUAAGGGACGUUUUUUUUAUUAUUAGUUUUACGAUUAUAUAAUUCAAUACCUUUGUGCUAUUCAUUAGAGAAUAUGUAUCAUUUUUAACAAUUGUAAUUUUGAUUAGAUUGUAUUUUUGCUGAAUGUUGAUUUCAAAUGGAUAUUUUAUUACAUGAAACUUGUACAUUUAUUUUUAAAUUAUAUCAUUUUUUAGUUUUCUGUGCAGUAUUUAACGAUUGUAAAUACUGUUAAAUCGUUUCAAAGAUUCGUUGCGCUUUUGACCUACGAUAUUAAGUUCCGUUCAGUAUUUCAUGGUAUUGGGAAAGGAUUAUCUGUUACGAAUGUUGCCAAAGAAAUGAAAUGCUGGAUUCAAACAAAUAUCUGGAAACAGUUAAAUAUAAGUAAUUCAAGAGAAGAAUUUAGGCCAGCUCAAUAAAUAGCCAGAAAAAUAAAUUCUUCAAUGAGACGUUAAGCACGAAUCGAUAGAACAGAAACAAAAAAUCGGAUCCUAGCUGAAAUAUUUCCCUCCAUUUGUAUUGAUUUCAUAAAAUCGUAGAUAGAUUCAUCCAUCAUUCAUUCCGAUUUUUGCAAAAAUUUCCUUUAAUGUCAAGGAAGAAAACGUAUUAAGAUUGAACAAAUUACAUGAUAUAAAUCAUCGAACCAUUAAAAAGCAUUAAAAACAUUUCGACGAAACGAAGGUAGCCAAUAUAAGAGAAAAAGCAAUCGAAAGAAAUUGUGUAUCGAUUGUACAUAAUAUCUACUUUAAAUUCUAAUGGAAGAUACGUAGAACUGCUUUACGCUUUUCUUAAAUUCUUCGACAAACUUUCGAAUCUAACAUCAUUCACAAAUUCGUUGAACAAACCGAAUUAUUCAUCCAUUCCAAUUUUUAACUUAUUCCAAUGUUAUUAUUUAUUUUGAUAAAAAUAAAUAGGCGAAGAAACAACGAAAUCCAACAAGUGAAAUUCAUUCAAUACAUACUUCGCGCGCGUUCGAAAACACGAAAACAAUUUUAACGUCAAUCAAAUAAGAUAAACGUUUUCACCCGGAUUUAAUAGCCGCCGUAAUUUAAACACACGAGACACAGAGAUUUAAAACGUUAGGAAAGUUAGGUUCAAUAGGUCGCGAAUAAUUACGUACAAUGUAAUAUCCCGAGGUUAAAAGCGAUGGAGAAUCGAAGAGAAUCCUAUCCGAACUACGGGAAACUGUGCCCGUUCGCCACUUUUAUUUCUAUCACGCGACCGUCAUAUCAUAAAGAAGAACCGCCGUUUAUGAAUUUUGAACUUCGUUCCGGGUAUAAAUAUGAGCGGCGAGUGUUGUGCUUAUGUGGUGGUUAAGUUUGGUUUACCGGUGGAUUAAAUUUUUCAUAAGGAGCUUAUCUGUGUUAAGUGUUAUGCCAUCGGAGUUUACGAUCGUUAUAAAAUAUUGCGGCGAAGUUUGAGCGGAAUGUUUUAGCCGGGAUUAAAGCGUUUCGAGGUGAAAAUAAAUCAUUCGGCUUAAGUUUCGUUGGAUUAGCAAUAAAAUUUAGCAAUAAAAUUGAUGACCGAUGAUUUAUAGUA